UCAGACUCUAAAGUGUCGCAAACCAAAAUUUGCAAUUCAUGCCAGCGUCACUUUUCACUUUUGCACAUUCGCCAAACAUGGACGACAACACCCUUCGACACAGCCUCGACACCGCGUGCGAUGUGGACAUUCAAGAACUUCUGAUGGCAUGUCAAGUGAAUGUACAAACGCUCGACUUGCUACCCUCCGAGUUGAAUGUGCAAGAUCUCCAACUCGAGUCUACCGACGUGGAUAUUUCCGCUUUGCUUGCCGACGACAUAUUGGAGUAUUCGACCGGUGACGACUGGCUCGACAUGGAUGGCGAGCUGCUGAUCGACACCUACUCGUCUGACGAAUCGACGGACCCCAUUGACGUUGCCUCGGACUCUCUCGACCAUUCGACGAUCAAUCAAGGACCCACCGAAGCAUCCGAGAAGGCCACGAUCUACCUGGCCAAGAUCCACAGCAUGCUGGAGCAAUGCCCUCCCGCCGUAGCUGCCUGGACAAACGGUGGCUCGUCAUUUGCGAUUUACAAUUGUACUACCUUGGAGAAGACAAUGCUCCCGCUGUUCUUCAAACCCAUCAAGUUUGAGAGCUUUGCCCGCCAGCUCAACUCGUAUGGCUUCAAGAAGACCAAGUUGCUGGCCAGCAGGACUAUUGUGUACGAAUUCAGCCACCCCCGUUUUGUGCGUGGUCAACUGGACCAGCUUCAAACCAUCAAACGCCGCCGUCGACGUAUGCAACGGUUGAGUGCACACGGCGUGGAAGACAUGACCGAUGGCGAGUUCCGCGCUUCGUUCGGUGACAUGGUUCGGUUUGUGCAGACGUUGCAUGCGGAAGUGGCCGAAAUGAAGAAUUUGGUCAAGUCCAUCGUCGAGUCCAGCCAAAACGGCAACCUCGCGGCGCCAUAAUGCACUCACUGUCCAUGACAAGAACAGGUUGAAAUAAUUUAUAAAAAUCAAAUAACUCUAGCAAUGUACUUGCUCCCAGAUGCC